AAAGAGACUGAAAGUGAAAGUGGUUGCUGUUGCAGCCGUUACGGAUGUUUGUGAGAAACAUACAAGCGUAGUCAAAGAGUUACAACAUUUUCAUUCAGUAUGUCAAACUAUAAGUUUGAUGUGCUUUUUGAGGGAAACAACCUCUCAGAUGGAGAAUUGAAGAAGAUUAGAAACUAUUUUAAGAUCAAGCGGCAGUCUGGAGGAGGAGAGUGUGGAGAAGUGGAAAAAGUGGGAGACAACACCUACAAGAUAAGCUUCUUGGAAAAAACAGCACAAGACAGAGUAUUAAGCAAAACUGAUCAUGUAAUAAAGCUCCAUGGACAAGAAAAUAUUCACAUAUCGAUAAAGCGUCAUGACGUUAAAGAAGAGAAACAGGAUGUACCACAUACCACAUCUGAUCAACAAGCCACUGGGGAUUCAUCUCUGCAGAAAGUUUUUAAACUCGACCCAUACUUACUGCACUUUCUGAAAGACAAUUCAAGCGCAAAGUCAGAUUUGGAGGAACAGCUCUCCUCUUUGCUGAGCUCCUUUAAGUUAGACAUGGUGACUGAGACAGUAGUGGUAGUGAGGGAAGCAGUAAAGACAGGUCAACAUGAUGUUGUUCAGCAGAAGUGGGAAGCAAAGGUGGAUUUAUUGUUCUCAGACCUACAGGAUCGCUACAUCAUCCAUUUUGAGGUGGAGCCUAAGAGGCUAGAGAUUAUGCAAAAAAACUCUUCCCUAUUCUCACAAAACAUUGGAGUCUAUGAAGAAAAAGAUUUAUCUGUGAUUGUUGGAAAAAUGAAGGAAGUGGAGAAGUUUUUGAAGGUUAUAGAUUCAUUGCAGUUGCGGCAGCAAGCCCGUAAAGAAUGUCUUGUGUCUGAAACACGUUAUGCACUUGUGAAAGAGCCGUUUGAACAGCAGGUAAAGUCAGAAUUUUCAAAGAUCGAGAUUACACAGGAGCGACCUGGCUGUCUUGUCCUAAAGGGUCCUGAAGAACAAGUCCAUUCUGCAGCAACAAAGCUUCAAGAGUUGCUGAAUCAAAUUCAUGAGAAAAAAAUCCCACUAUCUCAACUCCUCCAAGCAUUUUUGUCAUCUAGUGGUGCUAUUCAGGUCUUUCAGACACGAUUUCAACAGAAUCUCUGUAGUCCAGUUUUGCUUGAGGUCACAGGCUCAAGCUCAAAUCUGGUUCUGCUGAGUUUGUCCACAGGCGCACUUCAGGAAGCAGCAACUGCAAUACAGAGAGACCUUUGUGUGGAGACGGUGCUGCUGGAGCAAGCUGAAUUUGAGUCACCAGGAAUAGAUACUUUGAAGAAUGCUUUGAGUCCCGCAUUACAACAGGCUAAUCAUGGAACUUCUAAAGUGGAACUUAGCUACGAGCCAGGGCCAGGGUCCUACUCCAGAAUGAAGGUGCAACUGGUGGGCUACAGCACUGAAGUCAAUAAAUUAAAAGAUAUUAUACAGGACUACAAGCAAAACUAUGUGGAAUACAGUGACACUGUGCCUCUACCUUUAGCAGAAAUGGUGUAUAAUUUCUUUGAACUUCUGUCACUACUAGGUGUGACAGCAACUGAUGUAAAUCUAGUACCUACAUCCUCACAUGUCCACAUCUCAGGACCUCGGUGUAAAGUAAUUGAUAUGAAAAAGAAACUGCUUUCAUCAUUUAGUCAUCUUAUAUGGGAGAGAAUGUCAGUGGAUGGUCCCGGAGUCCUGCAGUUCUUUCAAGGGGAAGGUUCAAAUAUACGAGAAUUACUGCAGAGUUCCUGUCAUGUUUUGAUAUCACUCAAAAAUAAUGUCCAAACAGGUGCUGCAACAGCCAGAAACACAACCUUUGCCAGCCUACCUGCCAUACCUGCUUCUGUUUCACAUCCAGGUUGCUCUGUGGCCCUGGAAAUUGUAUUUGGAGGUCUUGAAGAUCAGCAGGCUGAUGUACUUGUUGCCCCCAUGUUGAAUACAAACUUGACCUCAACUAAUGUUGGGAAUUCCUUGUUAAAAAAAGCAGGGCAACAAUUUAAGAAUAAUUUCGAUGUUGCCAAAGGAAGAUGCAGAAUUACUCCUGGAGAUGUGCUGGAGGUAGAUGGGACUCCAUUACGGUGCAGAAAGGUUUUCUUUAUUGAGUGUGUAGCUUGGACUGGAAACGCACACAGCAGUGAACAGGCAUUACGCUGUGGACUUGAACGUGCUCUGGCACUUUGUGAACAGCAGGCAUGGAGCUCAGUUGCUUUUCCAGUAAUUGGAUCCGGAGUGGCACUAGCUGUACCUGUACAAAAUGCUACUAACAUCCUGACAGGGGCGAUUGGGACUUUUGGCCAGGCUGGAUCCGCUCGUUCUCUCAGGACCAUACGAAUUGUAAUAAUGCCUAAUCACCCAGAUUCUGAACAGAUGAACAUGGCAGUCAAUACUGGGUUAAAUUCAAUGAUGGUGGAUCACACAGGACAGGCUGUUUUUCAGUCUCUAAUCUCGGAAAUUGAUGAAAUUACCAUCCCAGUGGCCAGAUGUCAGGUCCAUCUGAUAUUUGGAGACAUCAGCAAUGAGACGACAGAUGUCAUUGUAAACACCACAGACUUUAAUGACUUACAGACAGAUGUGUGCAGUGACAUCCUUACGAUUGCUGGACCGCAAGUCAGAGCUGCUAUAAAAGGAGUGCAGGUAAAUAAAGGAGAAAUCCAUAUCACUCAGCCUGGAGGUUUCCCCUGCAAGGCGAUUAUGCAUGUGUGUGGAGAAAAGGAUACAAAUAUUAUUAAAAAACUGGCGCAUAAGAUCCUGCUCGAUUGUGAGAAAAAUGGUUACCAGUCAGUGGCCAUUCCUGCUAUCUGUGCUGGUAAAGGAGGCUUAGAUGCCCGUUUGGUGGCCCAGGCUAUUCUCCAGGGUGUUAAGGAUGCUACAAUGCAAGCUAACCUCAACACCAUUAAAAAAAUUCACAUUGUUCUGAUGAAAAUCCAUGUUUUUUUGGAGUUUAAAGCUAUGGCACAGCAGAUCUUUGGCAGAUUUACCCAGAUGACAGCUCCUUUGCUGUUCACACCUCACAGAGCUGCUCCAUCUUCUUUGACCCUAGACCUUAGCUCUCUUAUUCAGUCUCUUCCAGACCAGCAUGUCACAGCUGAAUUUCUUGUAGUGGGGUUAACUAAUGAUGAGGUCUCAAAGGCCUGUCAAGAGCUUCAUCAAGCAUAUAAAAGACACUGCUCUUCUCAUUUUGUUUCACAAGAGGAACUUAAAAACUUAACUUUAGCUGAUAUUGAUGAUAUCAAAAAUGUGACUUCUCUGGGUGUUCAGAUAAGCAAACGUGGCCCUGAUGGGUUGGAAGUUAGUGGACUUACAAAAGGAGUAAAUGAAUUCACGCAACUGAUCCGAGGGGCUCUUGUCAGGCAGGUGAGAGAGAAAGAGCAGGACUCCAUUUUUUCCCGUGUCAGCUGGUGCAUUUUGGGAUCAAGAGGAAUCUGGGAGAGGUUACCUAAAGAGGCUCAUCAUCAGCUGGAAAACAGGAAUGUUGGUGGAGAUAUACUGGAUGCACAAGCACAAAAAUGGACAGUAAAUCUGACAAAGAUGAAGGCCACAGCAAUCACAUCUAGAACUGUGACAAAAAUCAAACGACUGGAGAACUUGUCAGAUUUCGUUUUUCCACUUUACUGGGACAGCAUGACCACAGGGGAGGUUCUAAAGGUGGUUCCUCUGCAAUCCAGUACAAAAGAGUACGAAAGAGUGAAAAGUGACUUCAAGAGAACAGUCGCAAAAGCAGUUGUCAAGAUUGAGCGGAUUCAAAAUGUGAAUUUGCGCCGGGCCUACGAAGUUCGUAAGAAAGAGUUGCAAGAUACAAACGGGACAGUUGGGGCAGGGGAGAGAGUCCUAUACCAUGGGACCACAGCUGACGCUUGCGCUUCUAUACAGCGCAGUAACUUUAACCGCAGAUUUGCUGGACAAAAUGCAACAGUGUAUGGACUCGGGACAUACUUUGCUGUGGAUGCCAGCUACUCAGCUAAUCCCACGUACUCUGUACCUUCAGCAGAUGGGACACAGCUCAUGUUUGUGACACUUGUUCUGACAGGUCUUUACACCCAGGGGAAAAGUGGCAUGAUGGUUCCACCUCCUCGCUCGUCACAGGAUCCUAAUGACAGAUUUGACAGUGUGGUUGACAACGUGAACAAACCCAGCAUGUUUGUGGUGUUUCAUGACUGCCAGGCCUACCCAGACUACCUCAUCACAUUCAAAUGCUGAGGACUUGAUCACUAAAAAACAUUAAAAAGCCAAUCACUCGGAAUAUGCCAGGUUUAAAAAGUAAUCCCAUGGAGCAUAUUUUUGUCUAUUACCAGCUGAGCUGAGAGCAAUACUUGGGAUUAAUUGUAUGCCUGUCAAAUCCUGACAAUUUGUCACCAUAUGUCUGUGUACCCAUAAUUUGUCCAUUAGCUCUAGAAUAUUUAAAUGGACACGAUAAACCCCCAUCAUUUUCAUUUGGUCAGCAUCAACAGAGCAAUGCAGGAGUUACUAUUAAAUUUCUGGGGUCACAUUAUAAAUAACUAAUUUUCUUAAACAUUGGAAGACAAUCUGUUAUGAAUUACAUCUUAAAUAUGUGUGUUUAUGUCACAUAAGCCGCAUAUAUGUGUAUUUCCUAUUUCUUUUUUAGUUUAUCUGUAUAAUUCUGGGAAGAAGUACCUAGAACUAUAGUUUUAUAUAAUACAAUGAUUGCUACAGUUCUUACCAAAAAUUAUUCCCAUGCCAGUUCUGUAGGGCAAACUGUGUGUCUCAAUAUCCAUUCAGAAUUAACAACAAUUAUUUAAUGUGAUAUUUCACCCAUUUUCAUUGGAGCUGCCCCCACAUUUCUCAAUUCUAUACCUACAAGAUUUGCGUCAGACUGAUAUUAAGCAAUUACUUGGAAACCUAUACGUAGGGGUGAACAAAAAACAAAAAAAAGCAUGUUCAGACCAGAGAUUAGUUGGAAUGUUUCACUGAAGUAGGUUUCAGUUUGUUCAGCCAACAAUGUAUAUGAUUAUUCACUAGUAAAACUUUUUAAAAUUCUUGUAUAUAACAUUAUCAUACAUUGUACAAAUGAAGGAUUUGGUGUGUUUUUGUUUGUUUGGGUUUUUUUCCUUUCCUUAUGAUUACACAAUAUUAAGAAAUAUAAGAUUCUGCUCUGUGAUAUAAUUUGAUCGCUUUACUUUUUACAUAAAAAAACACAAGAUAAAUAACCUGAAUAAGUUAUGUGCUAAUAGACAACAUUGUGAAUUAGUCACAAAUAUUACAUUGGUAAGCAACUGAGAGAAAUUGGUGGGCUUGUACAGCACGAAUGGGCUGAUUUUCUUUUUUUUUUUUCUGCCUUUAGAAUCUGAUUAAAACCGUUAUGUUUACUAGCAACCUGA